UGGAACGACUAACACGUCGCGCCGUAUACAACGAUAUAAUUUACGUGAUUUUAUACGAGUCAUGUCGUAAUAUUUUUAUUUAUUUCCGGCAAACGAAAACUGUAUAAUCAUUAUUGAUACAAAAUCUAUCACAAUUUUUUUUUUUGUUUCAAUAUGAUUGUCUUUCAAACUUCCCGUGAAAAUGUUAAGACAAGUAAAAAAAACCCGAAAUUAAAACAAAAAUAAAAGCGAGAUAAUAAUUUCAAAUUGAUCGUGCAAUAUAAACACAUACAGGUCUGAAUAUGUCACAUAAACAUAUCAUUGCUGGUGUUUUAGCGCUUGCUUUGAUUUUCGCUGAUUACUUAUGUAGUUCAGUUGGAAGUAUGGAAAUUGCCAUUCCUCAUAAAUUUUGCGAAUGUUUUAACACGACCAAUGAUAACGGAUCAAUUAAAUGUACAUGUGUUCAAAGUGAACUCAAAGAAAUUCCAAAUGACCUGCCAAAUCCUUUACAUGAACUGAUAAUUGGAAAAGCAUCAAUUACAAAUUUAACAAAAGAUUCAUUCGCAAAAUACAAAACAAGCCUAAGAGAUAUAACAUUAAGAGACCUAAGAAAUUUAAAUUACAUAGAAAAUGGCAUUUUUGAUAAUAUGGAACAUCUACGAACUAUUGUUAUUCAUAUUGCUCCGAAACUGAAAGAGAUUUCUUCGUCGCUCUUCGAUGUAUAUUUGCCUAGAUUAAAAAUCUUGGGAAUCGUUCGAACGGGAAUCAAAAAAACACCAAACUUAAGUGUAUUGAAGACUAAACAACAUCUUCACAUAGUAGAUCUCGAAAGCAAUCAAAUAGAAAAAUUAAUUUCAGGAGACCUGUCAAUCAGUGCAGAGCAACUUCAGCUCAAUUAUAAUUGUAUUACCGAAGUAGGACCAUUGACUUUCAAAAACGCCGAAAUUGCCACAGUUAACCUAAGAGGUAAUCGAAAACUUCAAAAACUGGACGAUCAAGCUUUCGUUGGGAUUAAAAGUCUUCGCAACCUAGACCUGUCAGAAACAUCAAUACAGAAUCUACCUACAGCCGGUCUCGAAGAACUGGACGUUUUGAAAAUCGAAAAAACCUACACUAUGAACGUUUUCCCGUCCAUCUACAAUUUUAAGAACAUUAAAGAAGCAUGGCUGACAUAUCCAUAUCAUUGUUGCGCUUUCCAUUUUCCUAAAACACACAACCCUCAAGGAUACGCGAACCAUGAGAAACUCCAACAAAAAAUGUUACAAGAAUGCAAAAAUAUACCAUUUGUAGACGCGAUGUCUACGGUAAAAACAAUGCAUUCAACAACGGAGAAUUUUAUCGGCGACGAAAUAUUUCAUUCUGGCGACGUGACAGUCGGUACCAAAGUUGACGUGAUUUGCGGAAACGUUUCGAAAAACUAUCUGGAAGUCAAGUGUUACCCGGAACCGGAUGCGUUUAACCCGUGCGAGGACCUGAUGGGAAACUGGACACUACGAGUAGCCGUAUGGAUCGUGGCCGUGGCCGCUUUGCUGGGAAACAUGGCCGUGUUGUUCGUGUUGCUCAGCAGUCGAUUCCGAUUGACUGUACCCAAGUUCCUCAUGUGCAACUUGGCCAUGGCUGACUUUUGCAUGGGCCUCUAUCUGUUACUGAUCGCCGUCAUGGACGCUCGUUCGAUCGGACAUUACUUCAAUCACGCCAUAUUCUGGCAGAGAGGUAUCGGUUGCCAAGUUGCCGGUUUCCUGACCGUGUUUUCGUGCAUGCUGUCCGUGUUUACGUUGAUGAUCAUCACCGGCGAACGUUGGUACACUAUCACUUACGCCAUACACCUGAAUCGUCGGCUCAAGCUUGGAGCCUCUGUCAACAUAAUGGCCGUCGGUUGGUUGUUCUCGCUGGUUAUGGGUGCGUUACCGCUGAUGGGCACCAGUGGUUACUCGAAGACCAGCAUUUGCCUGCCCAUGGACUACACGACGUUCACCGACAAGGUGUACCUGUUCUCCUUGCUGACGUUCAACGGCAUGGCGUUCGUGUUGAUAUGCGCGUGCUACGCCAAGAUGUACGCGUCGAUCAGGGGCGGCCGGGAAGCGGUGGCGUCGGUGGCCCGGUCCGACAUGACGGUGGCCAAGCGCAUGGCCCUGCUCGUGUUCACCGACUUCGCGUGCUGGGCACCAGUGGCGUUCUUCGGGUUGACCGCGCUCGCCGGUUACCCGCUCAUCGACGUGCCCAAGACCAAAAUCCUGUUGGUGUUCUUUUAUCCGCUCAACUCGUGCGCGAACCCGUACCUGUACGCGCUGCUCACGCAACAGUACCGCCGCGACCUGUUCGUCCUGCUCAGCCGGUUCGGCGUGUGCAGCCGCCGCGCCGACGAGUACAAGGGAACGGGCCCGGUGCCGUGCGGCCGGCGCAAGGCCCACUGCAACGACGCGCAGCGGCACCGGGACCGCCGGGGCUACGGCGGCGGGGGAGGCGAGGGCGGUGGCGGAUUCGGCGGCGGCGACGAGUGCGGCGGCGGCGGCGGUGGCGGUUACGACGACGCGGGACAGAGCGGUGGCGGCGGCGGCGGCAACAACCAUCACCGCGGUUCGGUGAUGACCACCGUCACGUCCGUCGAUUCGGUGAUCGCGUGCCGACCCGGCUCGCUGACGCCGCUCCAGGAGCAGCAGCUCAACUGCACCGUCGAGUACGCGGCGCAUCGCGCGCACUCGCCGCCGCACACGCCGUCGCCGGUGCAGCAACCGUCGUUGAUGACGCCGCUGCAGCAGAACUUGGAACUGAUGCCGCUGCACGGCGGCGGCGGUGGCGGCGACGACGAUGACGACGACUACGACGAUUCCGUGUCGGUCAUUUCGGUGCAACUGCGGCAGAGAUCGCGCGACGGGUGCGGCGAGUAACACGCCGGCCGGCGUUUCGGCCGUCAACGAUCAGCCGUCGACCGUUAUUAAUCCGGACCAACACGAGCGCAAAACCGCCACCCGUCACGUUUUCGACGACAACGAUCUCGUAGUUGUUAAUGUCGCGAGUUUGACUCGUCGUGUUUCACUAAUGAGAAUAUGAUGAUGAUAUAAUGAAACCACUGGUCUUUAUGAAAAAAUAAAUAAAUAAAUAAAUAAAUAAAUACUACUUCCCGUUUUCGGCCCAGCUGCGUGUACGGAUUUAAGAUGGGUAAGUCUAGGUAAGUGUACCUACACAUACCAUUUAUAUACAAUAUACAAGGCUAGGUGAAUUUACUGUAUUUAUUUAUUUUUUAACUCAUAUUCGUUAACUUAUGCGUGUAGAUUGAUGUAAGUUAAAAGUAAGUUACUUUUAUUUCUUUUUAACUUUUACAAUUUUAAUAGAAAAAAAGCAACUCGGAUAUCUUAGAUAAAAAUCCAUUAGGUACAUUUUUUUUUCUAAAUGUUUACAAUCAAUAAAAAAUCACAGUAAAUAAAUUCGAUUGAUUUAAGCAUACACGCAAAGACAAAAGUAAUAUAAUACACAUAAGAAUGAUUAAUUAAAAGCAGGGGCAGUUCGUUAUAAGAAUACUAAGAGCUCCUGCUCCGAAAAUAGGGGGAAAAAUGUUUUAAGUUUAACAGGUUUAUUCGUAAUUCAUAACAGAAGAUUGAUCAUUAUUGAAAAUUGUAAAAGUUAAUGAAAAAUUUAACUAAAGAACAACCUAAAAAUAUUACAUUGGUCCUAGUAAAUGUAGUUGGUGGGUGGAUGGAUGGGUUGUUUAGAAACUUGCUCCUUGAGUUAUGAAGACUCAAGCCACUGAUUAAAAGAGAAGCCAUCAAAUGAUAAAUCCUGGAUAAUACUGAAUAAUAUAACUGAAUAAUUACUUAUUUGGUAAUUUUUUAAUUGAAAUAUUUUUAAUAAAUGUGUGCGAGACAAUGGAAUUUUCCAUGAGAGUUAAUUCGAUUCAUAUUUAAAUCCAGAAAUACAUCGGUAGUCUACAAUUUAAAAUUAACAUUAUAUUAUACACGUAUAUAACAAUUUUUUUUUAUACUUAAAAACUAAUUUACACAAAAUAAAGUAAAUAUAUUAUUUUAAUUUUAAAUGUUCAUAUUAUGAAAACAAUAUUAUCUUAACCUGACUAUACAAUUAAUUAAGUGUUUAGUAACUAUUAACCGCAUAUCAUGGGAUACAUUUAAACUCUUAACUUAGAAGAUACGUUUAAAAAAAAAGUAACUUUUCAUAAAACUUAGUCAAAAGUAAUUUAACUCGUUAAUGUCCAACUUUGUAUAUACAUAAUAUAUAUAAAACGUGUAUUGUAUAGUAUGUUAUAGCGGCACAUAUUAUAGAGUGUGUUUUCGUUACACGACGCAUGUCGUGAAAAGUCGAUUAGUCAACAUAAUUAAUAACAAUUAAUGUUGUAUAGUUUAAAUAAUAAUUAUAGUUGUAUGUUUACUUUACACAUAUAAUAUUAUAUAGUAUAUAAAGUGUUUAAAAAAUCUCAAAAAGUCAUGUUUUGUAUAGAAUAUUGAGAAUCUUAGUUAUUUAAGU